UACAUAUUCUUACAGUUUGUACAUGUGGCUCGUGAUAUUAUUCUAUGUUCAUUAUCUUUCAGCAUUUAUUACCUAUACGACAGAGUAGCUACUGCAACAAAAAUGAGACGCUGAUACAUAUUCAUGUCCAAAAGCGGCCACGACCAAUCAGCUCCUACUAUUCCCCCUCAGUGGGCGGGACUCGCGCUCAUGAAUAUCCAAUGAACGCGCUCGGUGGGUACGCAGAACGAGACGGUUGUGAAGUCUAUUAGAGACGUCUUAUUAUUGAUAAAGAAGGUCCGACAUUAGCUGUGGUUGAAGAAAAAGUGGGGAAUUUGUGCGAGGUUUUUAUCGCCGUGGUUCUGGACCGAGCACUAGCUGCCAACUCAGCCUCCGUCUGCCCAGAGUCUUGGCACGGAACAAUGCCUGGUAAAGCCGAGGUGGCGGUGGCGCUCCCAGCCGCAGCGGCUCCUCAGAAGUCCUACCCUUUUGUUUUAAAGAAGAUCAUGGACAUCCCACCUCCUAAUAUCCUGGACGAAGGAGACGACGAAUUAGAGAAGGAGAAGCAGUGCUCCUCAGAGGAUGUGGAAGGAGGAGGCGGUGUGGCCUCCAGUGCUGGUGGAGGCUCUAGAGGAGCAGGAGGUGGAGGAGGUGGAGGCAGCGGAGGAGGCGGCGCAGGAGCGUCGGCCUCCCUGACCCCAGCCAUCUGGGAGAAGACCAUUCCUUACGAUGGCGAAACGUUCCACUUGGAGUACAUGGACCUGGACGAGUUUCUCCUGGAGAACGGCAUCCCGGUGAGCCUGGAGGAAGAGGAGCUACAGAGGACUCUGGCGUCCGUGGAAACCAAAGGCAAACCCGCUCCCAAGGCCGUCGCUAUGGCUCCCGCUGCACCAGCCGCAGACCCUCCGACCUCCGCCGAAGUCCCUGCCCCUGCACCGCCCGCCGCGUCUCCCUCCGAUGCCCCUUUGGAUGCAGAGGAAAGUGUGACGGUCACGACGUUGCAACCCGCCAAAAUAGAAGAAGAAGAAGAAGAAGAAGAAGAAGAGGAGGAGGAGGAAGGACAGGAAGAGGAAGCUUUGACUGAGGAAGCUCCAGCAGAAGUGAAAGGGAAGAAAACAGACGGUAAAGGUGGUGCAGAACGAAACACGCCCUCCCCCAUCGACCCCGAUGCCAUCGAGGUGGACAUCAACUUCCAGCCGGACCCCACGGACCUGGUCCUGUCCAGCGUUCCUGGGGGAGAGCUGUUCAACCCCCGCAAGCACAAGUUCUCCGACGAGGAGCUGAAGCCUCAGCCCAUGAUCAAGAAAGCAAAGAAAGUGUUUGUUCCUGAUGAGAAAAAGGAUGAGAAGUACUGGUCCAGGAGGAAGAAGAACAACCUGGCAGCGAAGCGUUCCCGCGAUGCGCGGCGGCUGAAAGAGAACCAGAUCACGGUGCGGGCCUCCUUCCUGGAGCGGGAAAACGCCGCGCUGAGGCAGCAGGUUGCUGAGCUGCGGAAAGACUGCGGUCGCUGCAAGAACGUCUUGGCCCGCUACGAGGCCAAGUAUGGCCCUCUGUAAAAACAAAAACAAGCAAGAAAAAAAAAUAGAAAAGAAACGGCGACGAAAAAAGAACGAAAUAAAAAGAAAUCUAGAAUCCAACGAGACAGAAGCAGAACUCCCCUCCCCGCAGAAUCCCAACACGAGACACAAACCUAAAUUUGCAAUGUUGUCUUCACCGACCUCCGGUAGAGCUCCGGCUGACGUGAUGAUGCUGGAGGUUUGGACGCACGCUGUCAGGUGAUGGGGGUGCGACGGGAGCGGUGGUCGCAGGAAGGCCUGUGGAGAGCGCCUGGCUCCUACACUGAAAGAAGUGGUCGAUUGUGGGUGUGGAAAAAGUCAUAAAGUGUAGAAAAAGAGGAAAGCUGGUGCAGCAGAAUCUCUCUCUCGCACACACACGCACACACUUCGGUUUUAUCACCACACACUGCUUCUUGGAGGACCAAGUCGUGGACAGGCUCAAUCAGGCUAAUUAAACGAGCCGGAGUUAGCUUCAUGUCGGUACUGCUAACAGGGCGGGCUGCUAUCGGCGGGCUUCAGUCCCAGUUCUUCCCCGUGUUUACGUCGUGUUUUUGUGUGUUCUUCGUGUGUGUAACUCAUCAUUGCACUUUUUCCCUUAAACACACACACACACUCCUACACACACAUUAGCUGUGUGAGAACAGGUAGCCGUUAGCCGCCUAGCUCACUUUAAAACUGCAGAAGAGGGGAAAAACACAGUAGCUUCCUCAUAGAGGAUUAUAAGAGGGUGUUGAAGUCUAGUAAAUUCUGAGUUGUAUAAAAAUGAAGACUGUACAAAUCAAGAAAGAAAAGUCAAUUCUUAUGUCAGCCAGACGGUCUAAGUUUGACGAACUCAGAGGCCCUCGUUCGUGGAGGGGUAUGUUAAAACGUAGAGAUGUUUAUUUUACUGCACACUGCAAGUAGAGGGCGCUAGAGUCACUGUAACCCCACCAAAGGUGUCGUGACACGGGAUUGAUUUCUUCUCCUGUCUUUUUUUUUUUUUUUUUU